CAGAGUUGUUAGUCACAGAGCAACAUUGGUUAACAAAGCUUCCCUUCAGUGUCUCUGUGUGUAUUUCUGAUGACUGCAAAAGGCUAGACCUUCGCGUUUUUUUUGUUGUUGUGGUGGUGGCUGUAACUGUAGCUUGCUCUAUCUAUGCAUGCUGGACAGUGUCCAGGCAAAGAGCCUCUCUGCCCUGCCCUCAGGCCUCUCCAGCUUGUGGAUCUCCGUGCGGAGGAACACCUCUUUGGUGGCUGUGACAGGGAGAAUUAGGCAAGAGAUGCGGGUUCACUUGCCCUGCGUAGGGGCUUAUCUUGGGCUAAGCUGAGGGACUAAUAGCAAAGCCAGCCUCCGCUCCAGCCAGUCUGAGGGCACAGGGAGCCAUCUGUCCACUCCGUGGAUAACUAACAAAGGGGGCAAACAUUGAAGACGGACCACAAAGUAAAAGGCUGUUCAUUUUGGAGAUAUCAGAAAUAAAGAAGAGGAGCAAGUAUUCUCUUUAUAAGAGUGUUUGCUUUAAAGCUUGGAGAACAGAGAGGAUGUCAGACAAGGAAGAAAUGGCUUCAGAUGGGAGCCUGAAUGUUACACUGACGCUGAGACUGCUAAUGCAUGGAAAGGAAGUUGGCAGCAUAAUUGGGAAGAAAGGAGAAACGGUAAAGAAAAUGAGGGAGGAGAGUGGCGCUCGCAUCAACAUAUCAGAGGGAUCGUCUCCUGAGAGAAUAGUCACCAUCACAGGACCUACAGAGGGCAUCUUCAGAGCUUUCUCCAUGAUCGCACAGAAGUUUGAAGAGGACAUUACUGCAGCAAUGACAAACAGCAACGUGACAAGCAAACCACCUGUGACACUUCGUCUGGUUUUCCCAGGGAGCCAAUGUGGCUCACUGAUUGGCAAAGGAGGCUCAAAGAUCAAAGAGAUCAGAGAAACCACAGGCGCUCAGGUUCAGGUGGCAGGAGACAUGCUGCCGGACUCUACAGAGAGGGCUGUCACAAUCUCCGGCACUCCACAGGCCAUCACUCAGUGUGUAAGACACAUCUGUUCUGUCAUGCUGGAGUCUCCACCAAAAGGAGCGACUAUUCCCUACCGUCCCAAGGCUAUACCUGCAGGAGCCCAUGCAGUAUUAGCACCGCAGCACUCUGCACAGGCAUUUGCAAUUCCAGGGCAGUAUGCUUUUGCGCAUCAAGAUUUGACCAAGCUUCACCAGUUGGCUAUGCAGCAUAUCCCCCUCCCUUCCCUUGGGCAGAGCAACCCUACCUUCCCUGGAUUGGAUGCAUCUGCCCCCACAAGUUCACAAGAGCUGGCAAUACCUAAUGAUUUUAUUGGCUGCAUAAUUGGAAGACAAGGCAGUAAGAUCAAUGAGAUUCGUCAGGUCUCUGGAGCUCACAUCAAAAUUGCCAGUGCCACUGAUGGCUCAGCCAUGCGCCAAGUCACGAUCACAGGCUCACCAGCCAGCAUCAGCGUGGCCCAGUACCUCAUCAACGCCAGCUUAGAGAUGGCUAAAUACACCAUGCAGGCUGCUUCCUCAGCGACCCCAGUUGACUUCAACAUGAGCUUCUCUCAGUCCGCUCCCACUGCCUCCACUGCUGCUACCUCUAUGGCCGUCCUGGCGGCCACCACCCCAGCCCCAACCACCAUUAACGUCCACUCUCCUUCCACCUUACCAACCAUCCAAAACCCACACUAUGCCGUCCCCGUUUCCAGUCUUCUUGGCAUGAAAACUCUCCCUGUCCUGGCUGUCCACCCAGCAGCCGCCUCCAGCCUAACACAGGGUUUAUCCCCUUACACCGCAAAAAUGUCAACCUCCGGCGUCAAAAAAUCAGAUAGGCAGAAGUUUGCUCCGUAUUGAUGUCUGCUUUUUAAAGCGUAGCCAGUGUAAAUGACUGGUAAGACAUUAUUGAAAUAUGUCAAUUUAACAUUAAGGGUAUAGCUUACACCAACGUGUGUAAGUUUUGCCAGUGUAGCACUUGUUUUCCAUAAAUCAGGAGGAUAUUAAAAACAUGCUGAAAGGAUGGUGGUAUCAAAGCAAACAUGUCCUCAUUAAUUAAACAGGCAGCGGAGGUGAAUAUUAACUCAGCGCAUUAUCUCACGGACAUGCAUAACAAUUAAUGUGGGUAACUCAGGCUUGUAUUAGUAUCCUAGAAAAAGAUAUUUUUUCAAAUGGAUUCAUGUCACAGAGCUUUAUAUGAAGACUUACACCAUGAGAUGUGUUUUCCAUGAUGCAAAUAUUGACUUAGUUUUCUAUCUGUGUAACUAGUUUACAAUCAGUUUUUGUUAGAGAAUGCAAACUAGUAUCUCAAGACGUGGUGCUUUGUUGGCAGCAGGCUGUUAAAUUGUUUGUCUUGUACAUUAGAAGUCAGUAUGUAAAGUAUUUUUGCUCCACUCUUCUGUCAUAUUUCCCCCCUUUUCCUUCACUAUAGGCUCUCAUCAGUGCUAACAGGCUUGGGUGUCCUGUAGUAGCGCUGCACUGUUGCAGUUCUGAUGGGAUUAUCCUAAAGCCACAUUGGAUUCUAGUGGAUUUCACUCUACACAGUAAUCCUGUAGAGCGGGACCGGCCUAACUAACUCAUUUAUUGUUUCUGUACACUGGCGUGUUUCUUGUUUAUUCUCCAACCUAAAUGAGUGGAGUGCUUCAACUUUCAGCAUCUGAAAUGGACGCUGAGCAAUUAUUGUACUGAAUGAUUUAUUCAUGUGUUUCUGGUGAGGACCCCCCACCCCCCACCCCCCCUAAACAAGGCAGAUUUGUUAUAUUUGCUGAUGAAAUGACUUUGAAAUAAAUGGGA